CGCCAAGCGGUGCGUGACCCGGAAGUGCUCGUUGAAGCCCCGCCUCCUCUCUGCGAUACUGCCGUCGGGGGACGCGCCACUUCCUUUCUCUGCUCGCGCUAGUAGCGGAGGCAGCAGGUCGGGUACUAGGGGCCGGGCCUCAAUAUGCAGAACGACGCGGGCGAGUUCGUGGACCUGUAUGUGCCGCGGAAGUGCUCCGCCAGCAACCGCAUUAUUGGUGCGAAGGACCACGCAUCCAUCCAGAUGAAUGUGGCCGAGGUUGACAAGGUCACGGGCAGGUUUAACGGCCAGUUUAAAACCUAUGCCAUCUGCGGGGCCAUUCGCAGGAUGGGUGAAUCAGAUGACUCUAUUCUACGUUUGGCCAAGGCUGAUGGCAUCGUCUCAAAGAACUUCUGAGUGGAGAAUGUUGUGGAUGUGGAACAUCUGUCAUAAAUAAAUAGUCAGAAAGCA